CAUCGAUGGCGCCACACCCUUCAUCAGUUAUAUGUUUUUAGUCAUAUAAAGUAGGAUUUAUUAACUUAUAUUGUUGUAAUUAAUAAUAGUUAUUGCGCACAAUUGGUAUAAAAACCUUUAAAACUAUAUAACGCAUUGACGUAGGAAAUUUAUUAAAAAUGAAAUACUAGAGAUUUGCAACGAACUGUAAGUAGUCGUUCGCUGACGGCAAGAUGGCUGGUGCCAUAGUGCGUUGUUUUCAGGUUCCGAGGAGACAAUUGGGUCUCCUUGGACCUGCUUUAGCCAACCAGCAGCAGAGAACGUUAGCCGAUGCCGCGCCAGAAGGGAAGAAAAAAGGUGGCCCACUGGCUGACCAGGACCGUAUCUUCACCAACUUGUACGGCAGACAUGACUGGAGAUUAAAGGGUGCUCUAAAGAGAGGGGAUUGGUACAAAACCAAAGAAAUUAUAGACAAGGGUGCAGAUUGGAUCAUCAAUGAGAUAAAGGUUUCUGGGUUGAGAGGCAGAGGAGGUGCUGGUUUCCCAUCUGGCAUGAAGUGGUCUUUCAUGAAUAAGCCAUCAGACGGAAGACCAAAGUAUCUAGUAGUUAAUGGAGAUGAAGGAGAACCCGGUACCUGCAAGGAUCGUGAAAUUUUACGUCAUGAUCCCCAUAAGCUUGUCGAAGGUUGCCUCAUUGCUGGUCGUGCAAUGGGAGCUUGUGCUGCAUAUAUCUACAUUCGUGGUGAAUUUUACAAUGAGGCAUCUAACAUGCAAGUGGCCAUUGCAGAAGCUUAUCAAGCUGGUCUCAUUGGCAAGAAUGCCUGUGGGUCUGGUUAUGAUUUCGACAUCUUUGUCCAACGUGGAGCUGGAGCAUAUAUUUGCGGGGAAGAGACAGCUCUAAUAGAGUCUAUCGAGGGAAAACAGGGAAAGCCUAGAUUAAAGCCACCUUUCCCAGCUGAUGUUGGCUUGUUCGGAUGUCCUACAACUGUUACUAAUGUUGAAACAGUUGCUGUGGCUCCUACUAUUUGCCGGCGAGGUGGAGCUUGGUUCGCGUCAUUCGGUCGUGUACGUAACCACGGUACGAAAUUGUUCAACAUUUCGGGCCACGUAAACAAACCAUGCACGGUAGAAGAAGAAAUGUCCAUUCCUUUGAAAGAACUUCUCGAAAGGCACGCUGGUGGGGUAAUCGGUGGAUGGGACAACUUGCUUGGUGUGAUCCCUGGUGGAUCAUCCACUCCUGUCAUUCCGAAAAGCGUUUGCGACACAGUAUUAUUGGACUUUGACGAUCUCGUGAGAGUUCAGAGCUCGUUCGGUACAGCAGCUGUGAUCGUGAUGAACAAACAGACGGACAUCAUCAAAGGUAUCACGCGUCUACUCAGUUUUUACAAGCACGAAUCCUGCGGGCAGUGUACACCGUGCCGCGAAGGCGUCAGCUGGAUGCACAAAAUCUUGCAAAGAUUCGUGGAGGGGAAAGCCGAGGAGCACGAGAUCGACAUGUUGUGGGAGUUAACCAAACAAAUUGAACUGCACACUAUCUGUGCUUUAGCAGACGGCGCCGCGUGGCCUGUGCAGGGUCUGAUCAGGCAUUUCCGACCAGAAAUAGAAGCGCGCAUUAGACAGCGCAAACAAAGCGCUGCCGCUGCUAAUUGAACAUACAGUGUACAUAGCGAAUCCACUGUGCGGUGUAGUCGCGUAUCCUAUGUAAUUCCGCCGGACUCUGGUUAAAUCUAAGUGGUUCGGUGAAUAAAACAUGUAGAAAAAUUGAAGUUAAUCUCUUCUUUUCAGCGUGACUUAAUC